AUGGAUGGAAGGAAGGAGGAAACCAGACCCGGAGGUGGCCCGAAGACGCUCGCGGGACGAAAACAUAGUGGAAAUGUACCGAUUCCAAAAUAUGUCAUCGAGAGCUGUCAUUCAAAGCGAAUAUGGUACAUGCUAUCGUCAUACGAAAAUAAGUCCAACGGUACCGGUCCCGAAACCAUGUAUCUGGACAAAUACAAUGUCCCCCAACAAAUGUACCGAUAUCCGAUAAUAUCGCCCAGCUCAGCAACGACAAACGCCUGGGAUAUUUUAUUUGCUCGUGCUGAAGGUUUACACGCCCAUGGUCAUGGUCGGGAAGCGUGUAUUUUAGGUGUGCGUUUAGCCGAAGAAAUGCUGGCUAAUCCACCUAAUCUAAUGAUUGAGCUACCGCCACCUCCAAAAAAGAAGGGUAAGAAACAUAAUAUCAAUCCAAUAUCCCAUCAACUCAGUGUGUUGGCAUCGGCAACUUUGGCAAAGUGUGCAUUUUUGUGCACAGUUCUCGCGGAAAAUUCGGAACACUAUCACUUAGCUUUUCGAGUGUGUUUGUAUGGAUUGGAGAUGUCACGUCCACCGGCGAGUACGAAACCACUAGAAGUUAAAUUAGCUAAUCAAGAAUCAGAUUUACUGGCUUUAUUGAAACGCAUUCCUCUAGGCCAUGCCGAAUUGAAAAUCAUUCGUGACAGAGCAGAGGCCCUAAGAGAUGGUGCUUUGAAGUCACGUGGAGAGGCCCUUCUACCCAUAAUGCUUGCCAGUUUUAUUUUUGAUGCACUGGUUAUGCCUGGUAUUAUAGGUAAGGAAAAUCGAAUGAAAGUGAUGAGUCAGGCGUUCAGAUUACCAACGGACGAAAAUCUAGGUUUCGAGGCUGCGGUGGCAGCUUUGGGCCUUAAGGCGAAUGUUUCGGAAGCAGAACAUCCUUUGCUUUGUGAAGGAACUCGGCGGCAACGUGGUGAUCUAGCAUUAACACUUCUUUCCUACUAUAAAGACGAUCCAAGAAAAAUAUGCCGUGUUAUGGAGAAACUUUUGGACCGGGAAAUUCACUCAUUGAAUAAAACUGCAUUGUUGCCGUCUUACUACUCGAAUAAUCCACCGACGAGAAGCCAAUUUUCUCAAAUACGCAUGGAGGAGUAUGAGGCGAGCAAUCAGCAGUUAUACGGAGAACUGCAACAACAUCAUGCAGGCAUACCUCAAAAUGAUUUCAUGGUCAACAGCCGUCCUCAAAGUAGUACUAGCGCUGAAGUUGAAAUCGGAAUGGGUGCAUUGAGCUUAGGCCAACCGCAACAGCUUCCUGCAGGACCAACAUCGGGGCCACCCAACUCACAACCCAUUAUAUCCGGCCCUCCAGGUAGUGUCACAGGGUCGGUUUCAACCACAACAACACGAUCUAAAGAUUCUCGUUACAAAGGAAAGCGGGUUUAUCCUUCAAUUCCAAACCAACCUUCGGAAGCCAGCGCUCAUUUUAUGUUUGAGCUAGCCAAGAAUGUUCUGACGAAAGCUGGCGGAACCUCGUCAACAUCACUGUUUACACAGGCCUCAACAAACCAGAAUCAUCAGGGACCUCACCGAGGGUUGCAUAUGUGCGCUUUCCAACUCGGUUUGUAUGCCCUGGGACUUCAUAACUGCGUCAGCCCUAAUUGGCUAUCACGAACGUAUUCAUCGCACGUUUCGUGGAUUAUUGGUCAGGCUAUUGACAUAGGAGCACCAGCUAUUUCGUUCCUGAUUGACGCCUGGGAAGGUCAUUUGACACCACCGGAAGCUGCCGGAAUGGCAGAUAGAGCAUCGUCUCGAGGAUGGGAUAGUAACAUGGUUAUACCAGCUGCUGAGCUGGCAUUGUCGGUUCUACCGCACUCAGCUGCAUUAAAUCCGAAUGAAAUACAGCGAGCCAUUUUGCAGUGUAAAGAACAAAGCGAUCGAAUGUUAGAGCGAGCUUGUAUUACUGUUGAAAAUGCUGCAAAGGGAGGUGGAGUGUAUCCGGAAGUUUUAUUCCAAGUUGCUCGCCAUUGGUAUGAAUUAUAUUUGCGCAAUACUCCUGGAGGAGAAUUGGAACCAAACGAGCAGCAUGAGUAUUUCAAUGUGAAUCUGAUGUCGCUGAUGGAUGCAGGUGAUUUACAACAACAGUCUCAACCUCCACCACCUGCAAAUCCUCCAGUAGUAGUGAGCGCUACACCACCACAACCUUAUCAACAAACGGUUACUACAUUGGCACCCAUUGGGCUGGCCCCAUACGCACCUUAUAGUUUCCCAUGCCAGGGAAUAUACCAUCAGAAUAUUCCCUACCAUGCCAACCAGAUGCAGAUGUACAUUUCAACGCCUCCACAGUUCCAGUAUCCACCGCCUGCGCCUCACAGUAAUCCUCCGCAGCAACCUCCAGGUGGUUACCAACCACCAUUGAAUCCAAGCUACCAACCCAUGCAGCCGCAUCCGUCUAUGCCUCCUCAAGGAUACAAUCCUCAACAGUACCCUCAAGUGCCGGUACAGGGAGUUCAAGUGCAGGUUCCACCACCCCAACCUAAUCAGCAACAGAUGCAGCAAAAUCUUCAAUAUUACGGUCCUCAAGGUGUUCCGUUACAGCAACCUCCACAACCGCAACAGCCCCCUCCUCCGCGUCCACAGCCUGGUCAUGGUUAUCCACCAUACCCCGGUGUUCCUCCUUCGACACCGCCAGUACGCCAGCGACAUCCACAUCAGUUCACUCCAACUCAGUUGCGGUAUCUGCUUGCCGCCUACAAUGCUGGCAUGCUAGCUUUGGAGACACUAGCUCGACGCGUUCACGAUGACCGCCCCCAGGCCAAGUAUGCCAGAAACCCUCCUUACGGAGAUGACGUAAAAUGGCUACUGCGCAUCUCGAAACGUCUAGGAACGCAGUACCUGCACCAGUUUUGCGUCUGUGCGGUCAAUUCUAUCGUAUCGCCGUUUGUGUUGCAUGAAGUGGCCAUCGAAUCCGCUCACUAUCUGGCGCGGAACAAUCCCGCUUUAGUAAUGCAGCAUCUUCGCUCAGCGUUGGCACCGCUAAUGCAAAAGUGCCAACAAAUGUACAUUCAAUGUAUCCAUCAGAAGUUAUAUCACCUCACGGUUGCGGACUAUGAAGAGUUUACCAACAUAAUAUUGUCGGCUCGAAAUGCAUUCCAGAUUACACCAGAAGGAAGUGCGCAAUUCAAAGACUGGCUUCAAUCUAUCAAAAAAUCAAAAUCUUGUAAAAAAGAGCUACUGUCGCAGAUAAAUUCAGCCCUUAACUCUAAAUGACAAAGACUAGAAUCGAUCGGUUCCGAAUUGAACAAUCUCAUUUCGGCAGCCGGCAGUGCCUCAAAUGUAACAGCAGU